AGAGUGAGGGGCGGGAGCGCGGAGGAAGUGAGCUGGGGUCCGACGCCAGCGCGGGCUCCGGACGCGGACUGGGCGGCCAGGCCCCCCGAGCCGGGCGUGACUCCCGACCGAGAGAGGACCGAGCGGACACAUGGCCUCUCCAUUCUUGUCCGCGGGGACCACCACGGGCGACAGCGGCGGAGAGCUGAGCUCGGGGGACGACUCCGGUGAUGUGGAGUCCGUCCCGAGCCCCGAGAGCGGGGCGUCGCGGAGCCUGGCCGAGCUGUUUGAGGAGGCGGCCGCGCACCUGCAGAGCGUGGUUCACGUGGCCAGCAGGGAGCAGCUCCUGUACCUGUACGCCAGGUACAAGCAGGUCAAAGUUGGAAAUUGCAAUACUCCGAAACCAGGCUUCUUUGAUUUUGAAGGAAAGCAAAAAUGGGAAGCAUGGAAAGCACUUGGUGAUUCCAGCCCGAGCCAAGCAAUGCAGGAGUAUAUUGCAGCAGUUAAAAAAUUAGAUCCAGGUUGGCAUACUCAGUUACCAGAGAAGAAAGGAAAAGAAGCAAAUACUGGUUUUGGCGGACCAGUUGUUAGUUCUCUGUAUCAUGAAGAAAUCAUCAGGGAAGAAGAUAAAAACAUAUUUGAUUACUGCAGAGAAAACAACAUUGACCAUAUAUCCAAAGUCAUCAAAUCAAAAAAUGUGGAUGUGAAUAUGAAAGAUGAAGAGGGCAGGGCUCUACUCCAUUGGGCAUGUGAUCGAGGACAUAAGGAACUAGUCACAGUCUUGCUACAAUACAGAGCUGAUAUUAACUCUCAGGACAAUGAAGGUCAAACAGCUCUACAUUAUGCUGCUGCUUGUGAGUUUCUGGACAUCGUGGAGCUGCUGCUCCAGUCCGGCGCGGACCCCACUCUGCGAGACCAGGAUGGCUGCCUGCCGGAGGAGGUGACAGGUUGCAAAGCUGUGUCUCUGGUGUUGCAGCAGCACACGGCUGGCAAGGCCUAAGCAGAGACUGGAAAGCUACAGUCUAACAGCAUAGGGCUUCAGUGAUGCAAGAAAACCAUACUUCUUUUACCACCUAUCUUUGGUGUACGUUGGCUAAUAAAAUCAGUUCUGAGGAACGGGGA